AACGAAGAGCUAGGAUUUUGGUGGCGUUUGUUGUCGAAAGUUGCAAGAGCAGAAAGGUUCAACAAUAUCUUCUAUUUUAUUGCCCUCCCACCACAAUUUUUUUUGCAAGACUAUCUUUAAUACUAAUACACAGAGCACGUUCAGUCGGUUUUACACUAUCCCACACCAUAUCCCCCUGAGGAGCCCUUCAUCAUCAUCAUCAUCAACAACAAUAAUGCCCAGGCGAAGGAAAAGUAGAAUCCGAGAGGCCUAUGACGAGCACUUUUCAGAGAGCGCGGUAACAUACCCAAGAAUUGUGAAUGCUGUCGAGAGGAGGAUGGUUGUGACAAGACCUGAGCAAGACUAUGACAGAGAAUUUGAAUACGAAACCAAUCAGUAUAGCGGCAUUCGAAGUUACCAUGAUGAUGACCACAGAGGACACCGUAGCGACAGGAUACACACAGGAAGUGAUCGAGGAUACCAUGGUGACAGUACACCUAUAGGAAGCUUCCGAGUGAGGAAUUCCCCACCUCCCCGACAAGAGGAUUACAGAGAUUGCUACUACAGGGACUCCAGAGAGGAUUCUCUGAUGGGGCAUCAAGGAGACAUGAGGAUAAGCAGCAGAGCAGGCUCCCACCUCAGCAGCAGAGUUAAAGGAAUAGCUCCUCUCUCGAGGACCGUGUCUUUAGCAGCUAACCCCGAUAGAGUGGACCCCAAUCUGAUGCAGGCCCUCAUCUACUUGGACCGAGGAGAGGACCCUGAGGGUCUUAGGCGAAGGGGCCUGGACCCCUACCCUGCUGGCCCAGCCGGGGACACUUACAAAACAGUGCGGGAUCGCUCUCCUGUCAGGAUGGAUAUCCCACCAGGCCCUGUUAUCAUGCGCUCUGGGUCCAACACCAGCAAAAGGAGCUACUCCCCAGACAGGGACCAGAAGAGCUUCUCCUACCAGCAGAGCCAGCAGAAGAGGUAUAACGAAGAGCCUCAGAGCCAGAACAGAGAACCUGAUACGCCCAGGUUGCUAAGCCACACCAGAAGUACCUCCCUAGACGGAUCAGCAAAAAGCUACGGAGCAAUCAAGGAGGAGAGUGUCCCCACGCCAGCCCUGCUAGCGGGGCCGAAGGAGAUGGUGUCGGCCAAAGAAACGGUGUCGGCCACGGAGGAGACGGAGCAGACGCUGGACAACUUUAAGACACGGCGCUCUCAAGCCAUCGCAGCUAAAGCGCUGGAAAUCGAGAAGCGGUACAAGCAGGACUGCGAGACAUUUGGCACGGUGGUAAAGAUGCUGGUUAUCAAGGAGCCCAGUCUGGAGAAGAUGCUUCAGAACCCUCUGAAGGACAACCUGAUUGAGAUCAGGGAGCGUUGCCUUGACGACCUCCGACACUUCAUCAUAGAGCUGGACCAGGUCAUAAAGCCCCAACCAUCAACAUGAGGGGGAACCACAAAUCCCCUUACUACAUACCAGGAUUGAUGGACCAGAGGUGGAGUUUGGCCAGUGGUAUAGACAUUGUGACCCUGUGUGCAACCCUGUGUGAUAUUCUCUCAAUACUGUGUCAAUAAGAGGGAAACAUUCACAUUCAGGUAACAUUUUAACCUAAGAAUAAUUGGUCACAAAAAAAAGUUACUUGAUUUUAUUGAAAACAUGCUUAAUUGAGAAUAAGUGUUUUUUUAUUUUCGCCAACCUUUUCUAAGUUGAGAUCACUGAGUCGAAAUGCAAGUCCAGAUCUACCACUCGGAUGUUUCCUAAAUAUGACUUAAAAAACCUAAGCCUGUGCUACAUUAACCAAUUAAAAACAGUUCUGUAACCAUGAGGUUUGUACAGUAAGCUAUAGGCCCAAUACAUUAUCACGGCAUAUUGGCUUCGCUUUAAUUUCCCUGCCAACAUAUUGUUGUUCGGACCAUUUAAAAAAUAUAUAUUUCAAAAUUUGAGGUAGGCUAUAUGAUCACAAAGUAAUAUAGAUCAGUGUUUGUAUUACUUGUGAGUCGAAGCUAAGUGAGCAUAUUUAAAUAAUUUGCUUUAAAUUUUACUGGGCUGAUGGUGCCUGUAUCUGAUGGUCAGUCUUAGCAGUCCGCCUCUCAACAUCCCUCUACUCUCCCUUUCCUCCGCUGACACUGACCAAAAAGGAUACUGUCAUCCAGCUGAUGGAGGAUCUCAUUCUCAGUCUCUCUCUCCUAAUGGUUUUGAAAUCUCACAGUAUCUGUAGCUUUCCUUCACUCCUGCUACGUUACUGCAGACACUGUAAUCUGAGCCAUCCGAUUGGCCAGUGGUAGGCCUUUAGUGCACUUCAUUUGCUCUGCAGGCCCGCCGGGAAGGCAGAGUUUGUAUCUUCAGACAAAUGAAAUGGUCCAAAAUUGAAACACUUUGUCUACCCGGCGUGCAGGGCAGCUGAAUCAAGUGCAUCUACCGGCAACAGCGCAAGACAAACAAAUUAUACAAACGCAAGGAUUUUUUUUUUUUUACAUAAAUGUUUGAGAUAGACAAGAAAUGCCUUUGAGAUCGACCAGUUGGUCACCACUGCUUUGGGGAGGACAUAGAAGAAAAUAUGAAGAAAAAAACGAAGCGUUCUAAUUUGAUUGGCUUGUUUCAAUGCUGUUCUAGAUUUCAGACUUGAAAAGAGAAUUCUGCCGUCGUUUCUCUAGAUGUCCAGCUGUCAUUUCUUUACUCUGUCAUCCACUACUACUGGCUUUCUGACCAAGUAGUAAAACAACCUGAUCAUAUAGAGUUUGCAUAUUUUUGUGUAUUUACAUCUUAUUUUCUAUUUGGUAAUAAAAGUGAUGUAACAA